AUGAGUGCCCAAUCAGCUCCAAAGUGGUAUCCAUCCGAAGACGUCUCUGCUCCAAAGCAAUCUAGAAAGACUGCCAGACCACAAAAGUUGCGUGCUUCAUUGGUCCCAGGUACCGUUUUGAUCUUGUUGGCUGGUCGUUUCAGAGGUAAGAGAGUUGUCUACUUGAAGCAAUUGGAAGACAACACCCUAUUGGUUACUGGUCCAUUCAAGGCUAAUGGUGUUCCAUUGAGAAGAGUUAACUCUAGAUACGUUAUCGCUACCUCCACCAGAAUCUCUUUGGAAGGUGUUAACGUUGAAAAGUUCAACGUUGGUUACUUCGCUAGAGAAAAGGUUACCAGAAAGCAAAAGGCUGAAGCUGACUUCUUCAGUGAAGAUCAACCAAAGAAGGAAGUUAAGGCUGAACGUAUUGAAGACCAAAACGCUGUCGACAAGGCUUUGUUGGCUCAAAUUAAGAAGACCCCAUUGUUGAAGCAAUACUUGGCUGCUUCUUUCUCCUUGAAGAACGGUGAAAAGCCACACUUGUUGAAGUUUUAA